AUGGACUCGACUAAACCGAAGAGGGAGUCUUGGGCUGAUUCAGCGGAGGAGGAGGAAGCGGAGUUAAAGGAAGCGGAGCUCAAGGCAGCUGCAGCGGCGGCGGCGGCGGAGGUGGCGGCGAAGGCCGCGAAUGACGCGGAGGACGCGGAGGACGCGCCGCCGGGCCUGACGCCGCGAUCUGCGGCGAAGAACGCGGAGUUCGGCGAGAGCGCGGAGAAGGCGGCGGCGGAUUUGGAUUCGCUGAAAGUCAGCGAAGGCGUGGUGGAUCAACCCGACCUGAGCAUCAAAACCGGCGAGCUGAACGACGUGCCUGAUGGGUCGGAGCACGAGAUUAAGAAGGCAAGUUCUUCCAAGCAAGCCGACACUCUCCUCUACUCCCCGCGCGAGCAUGCAGGUGGUGGCAGCAGAGACGCCCCACUCGUCCACCAAGACCUUUUAGGAGCUCAACCUGUCAGAGCCGCUGCUGAGAGGGUUUCACUGCGAGAUGAGGUGGUGGCAGCAGAGACGCCCUACUCGUCAGCCAAAACCUUUGAGGAGCUCAACCUAUCAGAGCCCCUACUGAGGGGCCUCUACUCCGAAAUGAAGUUCGAGCGCCCCUCCAAGAUCCAAGCAGUCACCCUGCCCAUGAUCCUGCAACCUCCGAAUGCCAACCUCAUUGCACAGGCGCACAACGGGUCGGGCAAGACCACAUGCUUCGUGCUGGGCAUGCUGUCACGGGUGGACCCGCAGGUCAAGGCCCCGCAGGCCCUCUGUAUCUGCCCAACUCGCGAGCUGGCCCAGCAGAACGAGGCAGUGCUGCUGCGUAUGGCUAAAUACACGGGCAUCACAUGUGCGUGCACGGCGUCAGAGGGCACGGGCACAAUCAUAUCGUCCUCGCAGCAGGAGAGGCUGGGCGACCAGGUGGUCAUUGGCACGCCCGGCACGCUUAAGCGCUGGAUGACCAAAGAUCGUAUUCUCCCCGUGAAGAGUAUCAAGAUUCUGGUGUUUGACGAGGCCGACCACAUGCUGGAUCAGGACGGGUUUCAAGACGACUCAAUCAGAAUGAUCCAAUUCAUCACCAAGAGCAACCCCACCUGCCAGAUUCUCCUAUUCUCAGCAACCUUCAACGAGCGGGUCAAACGCUUUGCCCAGCGAGUGGUCCCCAGCGCCAACCAGGUGUACGUGCCAAAGGAGCAGCUGUCUCUGGACGUGAUCAAGCAGUACCGCGUGCGCGUGCCCUCUCGUGACGCCAAGGUCGUGGUGCUCAAAGACAAGAUCUUCCCCGCCGCUGAGAAGCUCGGCCAGUCCAUCAUCUUCGUCAAGACGCGUGAAACUGCCCGAGAUCUUCACAGGAAGCUGGAGGCGGACGGGCAUCGGUGCACGUCCAUCCAGGGCGGCAUGUCGCAUGAGGAGAGGGACGAUGUGAUUCGCGAGUUCCGCAGCGGCACCACCAAGAUCCUCAUUGCUACUGAUGUGCUGGCGAGAGGGUUCGACCAGGCACAGGUGACACUGGUGGUAAAUUUCGAUCUGCCCGUGAAGAACGCGCCUCCCAACGAGCCAGAGUACGAGACCUAUCUCCAUCGAAUUGGUCGCAGCGGGCGGUUCGGCAGAAAGGGUGCUUCGUUCAACCUGGUGUGCGGGGAGAGGGAUGAGCGCACACUGAACAAGAUCGAGAAACACUUUGACCGCGUCAUUCCUGAUGUGCAAUGGGACGAUGACGAUGCCUUUGAGAAGGUUCUCAAGGAGGCAGGCCUCGCUUAA